AUGCAGCCACUCCUGCUCCUGUUGGCCUUUCACCUGCUUCCUGGAACUAUAGCAGAAGACAUCAUUGGAGGUCAUGAAGCACGGCCUCAUUCACGUCCAUACAUGGCAUUUGUGGUAUUUCUUCAUGGUGACAUGUGGGGAAUCUGUGGUGGUUUCCUUGUGGAAGAAGAUUUUGUCCUGACAAUAGCUCAUGCCCCAGGAAGACACAUGUAUGUCAUCUUGGGGGCCCAUGAUAUUGUGUUGCAAGAAAAGACACAGCAGGAAAUUCCUGUGAAAAAAGCGAUACCCCACCCUAAUUUUAACAAUGGGUCUGGUAGAAAUGACAUCAUGAUACUACAGCUGACAGCAAAGGCCCAACUGACUGCAGCUGUGGGCCUGAUCCCCCUGCCUGGAGAAAGUGACCAGGUGAGGCCUGGUCAGGUGUGCAGUGUGGCUGGCUGGGGAGACAUCACUCAGAAUGACACAACAAGCAAGCUGCAUGAGGUGGAUCUUAUCAUUCAAGAGCACUUCCAGUGUGAGCGCCACCACAUGUAUUAUGACAGGACAACUCAGUUGUGCGUGGGAGACCCUCAGAAACAGAUGUCUUUCUUUAAGGGAGACUCUGGAGGUCCCUUGGUAUGCAACAAUGUGGCUCAGGGCAUAGCCUCCUAUGGAAGGGAAGAAGGAAUUCCUCCAAAUGUCUUCACCAACAUCUCCAGUUUCUUACCCUGGAUAAAGAAAACAAUAAAACGCCUCCAAAUGGAUGAAUCACCCUGA